CGGCGCGGGCGGGUGACGCGGCGGGGCCCGUUGUCUUGUGUGUUGGACCGAGGGGCCCCUGGGGUGGCUGGGGGCUCCCGGCGGGGGCGGUGGGUGGGUCGGGAGGGGCUGGACAUGGCGCUGAGGGGCUGCCCCGCGGGAAGAUGAAUAAAGGCUGGCUGGAGCUGGAGAGCGACCCUGGCCUCUUCACCCUCUUGGUGGAAGAUUUCGGUAAGAGCCUCUCCCACCCGCCAGACCCAAACUUUGGGGGCCCCCUGCCUGCGCCCUCUGGACAAUGCCGGGGGCUGUCUUGGCCGACGCCGGGGUCCUUCCCUGUCGCAGGUGUCAAAGGGGUGCAGGUGGAGGAGAUCUACGACCUUCAGAGCAAAUGCCAGGGCCCCGUCUAUGGAUUCAUCUUCCUGUUCAAAUGGAUCGAAGAGCGCCGGUCUCGUCGCAAGGUUUCUACCUUGGUGGAUGAUACGUCUGUGAUCGAUGAUGAUAUUGUGAAUAACAUGUUCUUUGCCCACCAGCUGAUCCCCAACUCUUGCGCCACUCACGCCCUGCUGAGCGUGCUCCUCAACUGCAGCAGCGUGGACCUGGGGCCCGCCCUGAGCCGCAUGAAGGACUUCACCAAGGGCUUCAGCCCCGAGAGCAAAGGAUAUGCAAUUGGCAAUGCCCCAGAGUUGGCCAAGGCACAUAACAGCCAUGCCAGGCCUGAGCCACGCCACCUUCCUGAGAAACAGAACGGCCUUAGUGCGGUGCGGACCAUGGAGGCGUUCCACUUCGUCAGCUACGUGCCUAUCACAGGCAGGCUUUUUGAGCUGGAUGGGCUGAAGGUCUACCCCAUUGACCAUGGCCCCUGGGGGGAGGACGAGGAGUGGACAGACAAGGCCCGGCGAGUCAUCAUGGAGCGUAUCGGCCUUGCCACUGCAGGGGAGCCCUACCAUGACAUCCGCUUCAACCUGAUGGCGGUGGUGCCCGACCGCAGGAUCAAGUAUGAGGCCAGGCUGCACGUGCUGAAGGUGAACCGCCAGACAGUGCUGGAAGCCCUGCAGCAGCUGAUCAGGGUAACGCAGCCAGAGCUGAUUCAGACGCACAAGGCUCAAGAGUCACAGCUGCCCGAGGACCCCAAACCUGCCAGUGGCAAGUCCCCCUUGGCACUGGAGGCAAACAGGACCCCGGCAGCCUCUGAGGGCACCCACACAGAUGGUGUAGAAGAGGCGACUGGUUCCUGUUCACAAGCCCCGGCCCACAGCCCUCCCAGCAAACCCAAACCCGUGGUAAAGCCUCCAGGGAGCAACCUCAAUGGGGUUCCCAGCAACCCCACUCCCAUCGUCCAGCGGCUCCCGGCCUUCCUAGACAAUCACAACUACGCCAAGUCCCCCAUGCAGGAAGAGGAAGACCUGGCGGCAGGUGUGGGCCGCAGUCGGGUUCCAGUCCGUCCACCCCAGCAGUACUCGGACGAUGAGGACGACUAUGAGGAUGAAGAAGAUGAUGACGUGCAGAACACCAACUCAGCCACCAGGUAUAAGCGGAAGGGGCCGGGGAAGCUCGGGCCGUCGAGCAGCCCUGGGGACGGGCAGCUGUCAGUGCUGCAGCCCAACACCAUCAACGUCUUGGCCGAGAAGCUCAAGGAAUCUCAGAAAGACCUCUCCGUCCCUCUGUGCGUCAAGACGAGUGGCGGGGCGGGGAGUCCGGCUGUGGCCGUCCCUGCGCACUCACAGCCCUCGCCGACCCCCAGCAAUGAGAGCACAGACACGGCCUCUGAGAUCGGCAGUGCUUUCAACUCACCUCUGCGCUCGCCCAUCCGCUCGGCCAACCCCACACGACCCUCCAGCCCCGUCACCUCCCACAUCUCCAAAGUGCUCUUUGGAGAGGAUGACAGCCUGCUGCGUGUGGACUGCAUCCGCUACAACCGCGCCGUCCGGGACCUGGGCCCUGCCAUCAGCACGGGCCUGCUGCACCUGGCGGAGGAUGGCGUGCUCAGUCCCCUGGCGCUCACAGAGAGCGGGAAGGGUUCUUCACCUCCCGUCAGACCGAGUCAAGGCCACCAGGGAUCCAGCAGCCCAGAGGGGAAGGAGGUGGCGGAAGCCGUGGACGGCAGAGAGAAGACUGGGCUGAUCAGGCCUGGUGAGCCCUUAUGCGGGGAGAAGUACUCACCCAAGGAGUUGCUGGCCUUGCUCAAGUGUGUGGAGGCUGAGAUCGCAAACUAUGAGGCCUGCCUCAAGGAAGAGGUGGAGAAGAGGAAGAAAUUCAAGAUCGACGACCAGAGGAGGACCCACAACUACGACGAGUUCAUCUGCACCUUCAUCUCCAUGCUGGCUCAGGAAGGCAUGUUGGCCAACCUGGUGGAGCAGAACAUCUCGGUGCGGCGGCGCCAGGGCGUCAGCAUCGGCCGGCUCCACAAGCAGCGCAAGCCCGACCGGCGGAAACGCUCGCGCCCCUACAAGGCGAAGCGCCAGUGAGGACUCCUGGCCCUGACUGCAGCCUGUUCUUGCCGUGUGGCCCUUACCGGAGCCCCUUCCCUGCCCCACUCCCCUCUCCCCAGUAUUACUGAGUAGUUCCAGCCAGAGAGCCCAGACCCCGGGAAGGUUCUUGGGGCCUGGCAGGGCAGACCAGCCCCAUAGUGCUCAGGAAGCAGCCGCUGGAGCUGGAGCACAGGGAGGCGUUAUAGCUCCCUCCACAGCUGGCUGUGGAGUGGCAGGACCUGACUUUCUGCCUGGGCAGCAGAAUAUAUAUUUUACCUACAGAGACGUCUAUUUUUCUGGGCUCUACACCUGACUUUGUCACCACUGUGUUGAUACAGCUGGCUUCCUGACUCUGCCUUCUUCCCUGACCACUGUCAUCUUGGUGGGCCCACGUCCUUGCAUCAUGCUGAGUUCACAGCUCCAGGGUCACGGCUGGGAGCCUGGGUGGGCACGGGGCCUUCUGUCGUAGCCCAAGCUGUCUGUCCUCCCUGUUGUGAGGAAGCUAGGCCUGCUCUUCCUUUCUCCCGGAAGAGCCUUGAACUCAGGGCCCUGGCUGCUGGGCUGGAUGGGAGUGGGGUAUCCCACUGGGUGGGUGGAGCAGCCUGCAGGGGUCCCGUGGCCUGGGCAGAGAGAAGUGUUUGAGCCACUUGGUGGCCUGUAGCCUCCCUGACUCCAGCCGGGCUCACCAGGACUGUUUCCCGAAGCAAGACGUGGGGGUCCUUGUCUUCAGUGUUGUGGUCUGGGCGGUGGACCUGCCUUGGGUUCCUGGGCCCGGGGCUCAGAGUUGCCUCUGCCCAGCUCCUCAGUAUUACCAUGUCUCCCUCCUCUCAAGGUUAACAGAGACAGGGCUACCUGUAGGAAGUUGGCACCACUCAGCUCUCCCUGCCACGCCGGCUUCCUCAACCCUCUUGAAAGGCGCUCUGGGUGGAGGCAGCAGGACCCAGACAAGCUGUUGGGCUUCCUGUGUAUCCAGAAGGCCUGACGCCAUGGAGAAGGGGCCCAGUGCCACCUCUGAGCUCGCCUCCCAAACAGCCCCACGGCCUCUGCCAUCAGAUGGCUUUGCGGGUGGUCCAGGCAGGCUCCUUCUCUGUACAUAGUGAUGGGGGGUGGGGGCCACAGCUGGCAGGGAUGGCAGCUGCCUCUCUCUCUCUGCGCUGAGCACAGUCUGACCCCUCUGGCCCCUGUAAAUACUGGAUCAGUGAAUGGAUGAAUGAAUAAAACUCCUACAAAAACAA